AUGAGCUCGCAUUCGUCGCUGCACAAGCACACCUUAGGCUCCCCAAACGCGCCAUCAACUUCCACAUCUGUCAGUGCUACUCCUGGAUUACUCUUUGGAUGCGCACCGGCGAACUGAUCCGCGGCGAUUGUCAUUCUUCGUCGCCUCGCAGGCUGCCGGAUCAUCGUCGUCCGUGCUGACUCCGGCACAAGCGCACACCACGGCUUCGACUUCUUCGCAUCAUCUCUUGGACCUCACUCUACUCGAUCACGAGGAGGAAUCACCACCUGUCGUAACUCGGACUUCAAGAGGACCCCCACGCAUCGACCGCAACGAGCUGCGUCCCAUCCAGCAGCAGGGCCCCUUGCCGAAUCGUCAAGUCCCAGCUGCCUCCUUCUACUCUGCAGCUUUGGCCCCACCUCGCCUCACCCAUCGCAUCGCGUCCAACAGGAUCACAACCUACGGUGAUUUGAGAAGGAACGCGGAUCGAGCUUGGGACGUGCAUCACAGCACAAGGUGAGUCAGACUCUUCCACCGACGCCUGCACUCUUCCCGGAGGACUUUUGGGUCGAUAAGAUCACUGUCAUCCUCUCGUGCGUCGAACACGCUUACUGAUUGGUUGUCUCUUAUCCUUUCAUUCUUUGUUCGACCUAUGCCCAAAGCUCCGACAACCGAUCGACCUCUUUGGACAUGUCUCAUGGCCACAAGUCGGGCGUGCCGUUCGCACCUCAAGAUCCGACAAUGAAGGGGAAGAGUCGUCAGUUUUCCGGUUACACAGCCGGCAAUGGGGGCUGGUCAAACUCGGGUCCUUCGUCGCAUAGCUACUCGCAACCUCAGCACCAGAAUGCUGGAACGAGACGCAGAAUGUCGGGGCCCAGCGGUGUCCUUGGUGGAGCCAAGAUUUUCAACCAGGCCAUGCAAAGCGCCGUCCCAAGCGCGAACCCAGCUUCGCGGCGAAAUCCCACCAAAGCGCUUCCCCUGGAUAGGGAACCCAAGCCGGACCAGGUCGCAGGCAUGAAGAGAAUUGGCAGAAUCUCACAAGCUGCACCCGUCGAUCGUCCGUCUAAUUUCUACCCGGCUGGCUCGUUUUGGUCCUCUCGGCUGUCGCUGAUGCUGACAUCCAAUUUCGUUCCGCCCAUAGCCGAACCCCGAAGGCUCUCGCCAGAUACUGAACUCACAUCAAAGCGAACUAUCUCGCAAGCUGCUGGAGCCGCAAUCGAACGAAGAGCCAAUUCGGGAGUUCAGGUCAAGGGUACCGCGGACGCGACGAGCAAAGCUCCGCACCUCGACGUCAAGGGCAAGGGCAAAGCCAUUGAAAAACCUCCGGAACCAUCGAAAACCCAUCUGGAAAUAUCAUCCGAUGAAGAGGAGCCUAAUCAGGACGUGGAAGACGACAUUGAAGGGUUCGACGACGAGAAGCCGAGACAAGAUUCUCAUCGUCACGGACAGCGCAGGGCGUCGACUUCGGCUGCUGCCUCGAACGAUUCAAAAUUGAACAAUAAGGAGAGCUCACCGGAUGCGCUAGCGAUGCCCGACAAAGCCGAACGUGCGGUCUUCCAUCGCGACCGAGAUCAGAGCACUCCUAUCAUCGGGCCGUUCACUCGCGGGCACGCUGGGGUCGGGGAAGGUGCUCGACACGCGCAAGAGGUGAUUGGCGGACAGAACGUUGACGUCAAGAAACAGGCGUCAGUGAUCAACAGGAUGCAACCCCGAAAUGGUUCUAGACCAGCCUCCUCGACACCGUUGGCGGCGUCGGUACGGAGCGUCAACGGAGACGGGAACCCCAGCAACGACUUGAUCCUUGGACCGUCCAAAAAGUUCAUACCUCGUCGAGCCAACAAACCCAAGGAGGACAUCACCUCGGUAGCGACGAUGGUCUUCGUCGUCGAAGCCCUCGGCAUUCCUUAUAGAAUCGCCAGCACGGGAGAUUGCAGGAUCAUGCACAACAGCAAAGGAGUCGCGGGAUUGCAGCAGUUGACCCUUCGCUGCGGCGACGAUGAUGUCUGUUGCCUGAGGUCCAGCGAUAUAUCAGGAUUCGAAAAGCUCGACGACAAUAAAAACUUACCCAUGCUUGCCAUCAAGCUGUCCGCGAGUGCAACGGAGGCCGCCACGAAGCUAGCGCACGCCUGCAAGUUUCGACGAGGUGAGUUUACAGACUGUAGCCCUUGUGGGUUUUCACUUGUCAGUGAGGGCAGGACUGACGCGAGGCUGGACGGUUCUCAUCAUCCCUCUCCACAGAGGGUACGCCAAAUAAUCAAAUCGUCGUGUGGCUUCGUUUCAUCUGCGAGCCACUCGGAAAGUUGCCCGAAGACGAUGCCGUCCGCCGGAUUUUUGACCUUGUGGCGCGCGAUUGGCCCAAGCACUUAUAUAAUAAGCAUCAAAUCAGGGUCGACUCCGCCCUCACCACGUAAGUCCAUACGAUUCGCCAACUCGGUUAUCUCGACGACGGCAGCUCACCUCGAGCUUCGGAUCACCCGUGCCCAUUUCUUGCGCGCAGCUCAUCUUCGGCGAUGGCCACCCGAAUAGAAAUGUUCGACAUGGCCGUCUCGAGCGGUCGUCCCAUGUCGACGCGUAGGCAAAGCGCAGGAUUCGUCAACGUCGAAUCGGCUACGUCCACUCUGGCAAAUUCACCGAGAACGAGGCAAGCAUCGGAUCGAGAUGGGUCGGGCUCGGGCGUGAAACGGGGCGAGUCUCCGCAAGAAUUGGAGAAUGGGAUGACUUCGAUCGGUCAACGGACGAAGCGCGUACCUCGUAAAUCGGCCGAAGCUGCAAGAGGAAGGUUCGCGGAAGCGACGGCCGACACAGUCGAUGAGCAGUACGCUUGGCAGAUUGAAGAGGACGGCACACCACUCGAGAGGACCGUUCUGGUGUACCCUUUGCAGGGGGACAAGACCGUCGUUUCCGUCACGCAUGGCGACACGAAGCGACUCGUGGAUGGCAAGUACUUGAACGACACCUUGAUCGAGUACGGUCUCAAGCGCGCAUUCCUCAACCUCGUCGAGCGAGAUACCAAACUCGUCGAGGGGAGCAAGCCGUUGGCGCCUUUAGUGCAUAUGUUCAACUCGUUCUUUUACAAGAAGCUUGAUCGGAGGGGAUUGGGCAAACAGUGAGUUCGCGCGCAACCCGCGAUGCGUUACGUCCUUGGUGCUGAUGAUAGACUCUUCCUCGCAGGCAAACCUACGAUUCCGUCGCCAAAUGGACGGCCAAGUUUGAUCUGUUCGAGAAGCGGAUUGUCAUCGUCCCGAUCAACGAAAAGUGAGCCACUACAAGCGUUCGAGCGCCAUGCAACGUAGCUUAAACCCAUUUCUUCUCUCUGCAGGAAUCACUGGUACCUCGCGAUCGUGUACAACCCCGGUGCAAUUCUCAAAGGCGAUCUCACCGUGCCAAAGCAGACGCGCAAGACCCGUCACAGUCAACUCGAGAAGGCCGAUGCCAUGGCGACCGAAUUGGGCGUGAGCAGCUCCGCUGGCUCGGCCACCGAUACGACUCUCGAACAGCCCGACGUGCCUGCUCCCGAUCUCCAAGAACCUGUAGAAACGAGUCGGUUCUUCCAAAACCCGCGAGCGUCCAAGAAAGCCACCAAGCCUACGGCCUUCAAAACCGACAAGAACGUGAUGGACGUUGACGCCGAGCUUGUCGAGGAGACACCCGAGGAGGACCCGAGUGCGAUGGAGAUUGAUGAACUUGCGGACGAUGCAAAUUUCUACAACGGUGAAGGUCUGCCAGUCAAGAUAGAAAUUGAAAAGGAUGAAGACGAUACGGCAACAAACACUAAAACCGUUCUGACCGAUGGCGAGGUCACUCUUGCGUCCAUGCCGAAUCGCGGAAAUGCACCCGAGACAGCCCAGCUUUCCCGCAACGAGGUCUUGGCAAGCUCGAAUGACACCGACGCCGAAUCUUCUAGCGCUGUCGAGAAGGCCCUCGUCGGUCCCACGGCCAAGGUCAACCUCUCGGCCCCCACAUCCGCACAAUCAGGCAAGCCACUCAAGCGCACCCCGACGCCGAUCUCGCCGUCGACUCGACCACCUGGCACGAGGUCACCUCCACCACCACCGCUGCCACCACGACAAGCGAAGAACGAUGCGGCUGAGCUGACGAUCGGUGACACUGACAAUGAAGCUACCCCACUCCCUCCUAUGGAUGUGACGACGCAAUGCUACAUCAUGACGUUCGACUCGCUCGGCGACGCGCACCGACCCGUGGGCAAGAACCUCAAGGACUACCUCCGGCGCGAAGCUCUGGCGAAGAAAGGUCUCGACAUCUCCGAAAGCUGGGUGGAAUCUAAUGCCGAGGCUUUUGCCGUCGAUGUGAGUAUUCAUUCAAAGCAUUCUGACGGUCAGAGUAGUGCCUGUUGACUCAACCCUUUUUGCUUGUUUCAGGUGCCGCAACAAGACAACUGCAGUGAUUGUGGAUUGUACCUCAUUCACUUCGUCGAGCAGUUCCUCGUCGAUCCGGAUGAUCGACUACGAUAUAUCCUCGUAAGUAGAUAGCAGCGUCACUCUCGCAACUUGAGGCGAGAGCCUGACCCGGAACCAUUCAAUCUCAUUGUGCAGCGAUACCGGGACGAGAAAACCCGUGCAGAGAGAGCCAAGGACUCGUCAAAAGAGGACAAAGCAGUCCAAUUGCAAGAACUGCUUCGACAGCGAGAUACGAUCUGGAAGGGUACCGCCGCGAAAUCUAAGCGUGGCGAGCUGCGGGAAGAAGUCAAGCUGCUCGCCGAACAAUGGGCUGAGAUGCGUCGACCGCUCGAGGAGGAAGAGGCGCGCAAACGUCUGGAACGGGCGGCGCGGAAAGCCGAGGAGAAGGAAGCUCGCUUGGCCGCUGAACUCGCUCAAACUCGAGCAGAACAUGGCGACGAUAUGGCCGACCUCCCUGACGUGGUCAAGGCGACGAGCGCGCCUCCAUCGACCCGUGUGAAGCGGACUUUGGGUGAUGACGCUCCUCUCGCCGCGACUCGCGUGGAAGAGGUCGAGAAGGAGAAGACGCCUAAGGCCACCUCCGAGGUACCAGACGUGGCAGCCGAUGGGCCCUCUGGUGGUGAGAACGGCAAACCGGUCAUGGCCUACGGGAAAAAGGGCAAAGCCGCUGCGGGCAAAAGCGGCAAAGGGAAGAAGAAGGAGGCCCAAGAGAUCAUCCUUUCGAGCGGGGACGAGUCCAACGAGCCGAGCGCGUCGCCCCCCAAACGCAUGAGGCCUCUCGACGACAAGCUUUCCGUCCCAAUCGCCCAUAUCGUCCCUCCGCCCCGUGCUCCUCGACAUACUUCCACUGGACUAACAGCGCGCGAAGCAGCGCUGCGAGCUCCCACGGUGACCCCUGUGUCCGCCGAGGCGAGUACUUCCGCCUUCAAGAGGCCGUUGGCUCUGUUCCCGCCUGCUCCCCCGACGGUCGCCCCAGUCAAUGCAAACCGUUCAAUUCCGGCCACGAUCGAUUCCUCGCGAGGUAUCAACGUCGACGAGGCGUACCAGAUGAUCACUGAAGUUGGGCAAGCUGCUCCUGCUCCCGACUCGUCUCCGCUCGAAGUUGCCUCGAUAGGCACAACCAAUGCGAUUCAGCAUCACCAAUCCGUCCUCCUGCCACCCUCUGCGCCUUGCCAUCCCUCGCGUUCAACACGCUCUCGCGAUGAAGCCGAAUCGGAGUUGCCACCUAACAAGCGUCAGGCCGUGUCGUCGGAGGUGGGCUCGGCGUUUGCGCUGCCGGCCAAUGGAUCAGCAGUCGUAUCUGGGGGCGAUUCAACCACACCCACCACGAAGAAGAGCGGGCAUCGUCGCCAGAUCAGCCAGUCAUCGGAUUCUUCGGAGCUUGCGGACCUUCCGGAUCAUUCGCGCGAUGAGAUGGAGAUGCCUCCGAGUGCGCAAACUCCUCGAGCUGUCGUACCAGCGGUAUCGAAACGCAUUCCUCGGGCUUCCCUCCGUCAUUCCGAUAAAGCCCAGAGCACUGCCUCUCCCAGCAACAACAAGAGCAACCGCCGCGAACCUGAUGUUGUGGUCAUUGAAUGA